UCUGGACCGUUAUCCCCGUCAGGUUGCUAGGUAGGCUAGUUAGCUAGCUGACCAAAUGAUGUGGCCGCUAGGACGGAGCGCUUUGCAACCCGCCAGCGUUAACAUAACGGCGGCUUCGGGGAGAUGACGAGACUAUGUCAGGCACUGUAAAACCUUCCCCGCUCAAGGACGACAGGAAAACGCCCCGGCCAUGGCAGCAGGUGUCAGCAUACUGAGCGACCUGCCCCACUCUGUCAGGGCUCCCCGUACAGAGGAGGACGGCGCAGAGAUGGAGGCAGCCAAUGCAAGAGUCCCCACAGCAAAGUACACCAAGAUGGGGGAAACACUGAGACACGUCAUCCCUGGUCACAUGCAGUGCUCCAUGGCCUGUGGAGGGAAAGCCUGUAAAUACGAGAACCCGUCUCGCUGGAGCGAUGAGGAGCAAGCUAUUAAAGGACUCUACUCAUCUUGGAUCACUGACAACUUGCUAGCUAUGGCAAGGCCAUCCUCUGAAGCUAUAGAGAAAUAUAAUAUAAUCCAGCAGUUUCAAAGGUGUAGUGUGAAGACUGUUAUUAACCUGCAGAGACCCGGAGAGCACGCCAGCUGCGGCUUCCCGCUGGAGCCGCAGAGCGGCUUCACCUAUCGGCCCGAAACGUUCAUGGAGGCAGGAAUCUAUUACUACAACUUUGGAUGGAAAGACUACGGUGUAGCAUCAUUGACAACAGUGCUUGAUAUGGUGAAAGUUAUGUCGUUUGCUGUUCAAGAAGGAAAAAUAGCCGUCCACUGCCAUGCCGGUCUCGGAAGAACAGGUGUGUUAUUGGCAUGCUAUUUGGUUUUCACCACCCGGAUGAACGGUGAUCAAGCCAUCCUGUUUGUUCGAGCCAAAAGACCCAACUCCAUCCAGACCAGAGGCCAGCUGCUGUGUGUCAGGGAGUUUGCCCAGUUCCUGGUUCCUCUGCGAAGUGUGUUCUCAUGCGCGGAACCUAAAGCAAGUGCCGUCACCCUGUCCCAGUACCUUACCCGGCAGCGCCACCUACUGCAUGGCUACGAGGCCCGGGAGAUGAAGAACGUGCCAAAGAUUGUUCAGUUGGUGUGCAGGCUACUGGUGGACAUUUCGGCCAACAGACAGGUGGUGAUUGAAGAGGAGUGGCUGGAGAUGCCCGACCUCACCGCCGAGGUGGAGAAGACCGUGUCCCAGCAGGCCCUUCAGCAGCUGGGGAAGGAAAUGAUGGGGAAAGGGAUUCCUCUCCUGUCUUGUUCGUCAGACAUGCUCAGCCCACUACCACAGCUGAGCAGAACCUCAGGUGAUCAACCACUUGCCAGUGACAAUGAGUUGGACCCGCUGUGGCGACAACAGAACCUAGGAAGUCCUCACAGAUCUCUAUCUAACAACCGAAGUCUAAGCGACUCUUUGCUCCACAAGCAUGGACUGUACCAGGACCGCGUAGAAAAUCUUAGUAAACCAAUCAGCUGCCGGACGAGACUUUGCUUGUCUCACGGCAACCUUAAGACCUGCAACCAGUCUGGCUGCUAUUACCCCUGUACGCAAAGCACGAACUCUCACACAAGAGCCCAACAAGACCUGACCAUGUGUGUUUUACAUAAGAGGCAUCGCAGUUUAAGCUCUCACUUGUCAGAGCUUGGAAAGAAAUCCUGCUUUGACGCCACGCUGCCUCCUUAUCCACUCCAGAGCAGCUUAGUUUCCAGUGUGGAGUGUGUGGAUGGAAGAUCUGACCCAGGCGAUGCCCCAGAAGCCCCUCACAUCAGCCUCCAGUCUGAACUCUCCCCAGAUAACAGACGUCUGAUGGUGGCCAAAGCUCUGGCCACAGACCUGGUCGACAAGGAGGUCUCCUCCAACGUUUUAAUGUGGCAGACAGAGCUGAACUCCAGAGAGGGAACUUGGGAGAGGCUGUGUAAUGAAAGAGACCCGGUGGUCCUUUCCAGCCUGAUGUGGUCAUGGCUGGAGCAACUCAAGGAUCCAGUCAUCAGCCAUGACGAUGUGCUGUCCCUCAGUGAGAAGAAUGUCAACCCACUGACUGCGAUCAACUCUCUGGAAAAGGGUCACAGGCUCACGUUGCUGUGCAUCCUCGAGUGUGCUGCUCAUCUCCUGCCUGUGCCUGAAGAUGUGCUGACGUGUUUCUUCAACAAGACAAUCAAAGUGUUCACCAGGACGGAUCCAGCCUCAGACAAGAAUGAGUCACUGUACAAAACACUGAAAGCAAUCCUGACUCCCGUUCUUUACGAGCUGCAUUCCAAAGCUGUGGAUGUGACCGAAGACUCCUGAUCAGCUUCAGUUUCCUUUCCCCUGACAGGGUUCUGUGCUCGUGUCAUUAGCCAGCGCCUUGUACCACGUACUUUGGACUUUACCAGUCUGUAAAGUUUGAAGCGUUUUCACUGAGGAGUGUAUCGAUAUGUAGACGAUAACUACUGCCAUUGUUGACGUGCCACUGUGCUUAGCUUGAAACAUUUGUCUGCGACUUCUUUUACUCCGUUUAUGACAGACUACGUUCUUGUAGUGUCUGACUUUUAUCUGCCUGGAAUAAGACUAAGAAAAACGUUUCUUUUUUCUGCUAACAAAUUCAAAUUCAAGAAUACUUUAUUGAUCCCAAAGGGAAUUUAAAUUAAUAAGUAAUGAUAUUUAAGUGUGACACAAAUCCAAAGAUGUUUUACGCUAUACUGAUGGUGUACUAUUACUUAUUUAUUUGGAUUUUUUUUAUUAUGUUAAACAGCUGAACUACAGUUCAGCUAGAGCUUAGCGAAUAACAAGAUUUCUUUACUUGAUAUAGAAUAUCAAGCCAGAAAAGAAACUUUGACUAUGUGUUGGCAAUUCAUAUUCAACUGGCCACUGUGCUUUUUGUUAAUCUGUGCAACUUGAUGUCCUUAAUAUUAUUUACAACAUGAAACCUCUCGUUGUGAUGUUCUGCUGAUGCAGAACUACCUCUCUUGGCUGGACCCUUUACCAUGGCAUCUGUUGUUUGUGCACGUGUGUGUGGUGUGUGCGUGUGUGUGUGUUUGAAAGUGGGCGAGCUGCGAUAAGUCUGAAUACUGCCUCUCACCUUAUGUGUCUCAUGUAUUGUUGCUUUGACCUGCUAACAUGCUGAAUGUGGAGCACUAAUGGAAGACUUGACACUUUUCACUGUGGGGUUUGUUUUCAGUGGCCACUCAUUUUUGUAUAUUUUCUAAAGGUUGCUUCAUACAGAAAUAAAUGCCUGACGAAUUGCAA